AUCCGGUUCCAUCCGGUUCUCCCACCGCCCCCGCGACGGGUCGCAGCAGUUCGUCUGGUGGCGGCUAGGCAGUGCAGCUCCGUGACAGAUCCGGCGUCGCACGCGUCUCCCACCCCGCGCCGCCACGAUGCCCAAGAGGAAGGUUAAUGCAGAUGGAGCUGCGAAAGCGGAGCCCAAGCGCCGCUCCGCGAGGCUGUCGGCCAAGCCUGCCCCUGCCAAGGUGGACGCGAAGCCAAAAAAGGCCGCGGGAAAGGAUAAAGCAGCAGACAAAAAAGUGCAGAUAAAAGGGAAGAGGGGAGCGAAGGGCAAACAGGCUGAAGUGGCUGACCAGCAAGCUACAGAUCUGCCUGCAGAAAAUGGAGAGACGGAAAACCAGAGCCAAGCCUCUGAAGAAGAGAAAGAAGCCAAGUCCGACUAAGCAUCCAUCGUGUCUGUCAGUGGUCCCUGCCUCCCUUCUUGUACAAUCCAGAGGAAUAUUUUUAUCAACUAUUUUGUAAAUGCGAGUUUUUUAGUAGCUCUAGAAACAUUUUUAAAAGGUGAGGGGAUCCCACCUCAUCCCAUUUUUUAAGUGUAAAUGGUUUUUUUAAGAGGUUAAAUCAUUUGCUGGUUGUUUAUUUUUUGGUACAACCAGAAAAUAGCAGGAUACUGAAUCAGGAGAGGCUGUGACUGUCUCGGGGGGUCACCAUAACAUUCCGUAGAGGGGGCUAGUUUUAUAUUCUUCAAUACAAAGCAUACUAAAUGGCAAUUUGGAGUCUCAGUCGUGCAUUUGUGUCUGGAAUAUUUUCAGUUAUAUCUGGUCCCGUGUUUCUAGUAGAACCGUUUUGUAAGAAAGCCAGUCUUUGGUCCUUGCCCUGUCAGAACUGUGAUGUCUGUGGUCACGGCAGUCCAUUUUCCUAACAGUUGUGAUAAUACGCUGUGAAAGAUGAAAAUUUUGAGUGUGUUCUGUGUGUGGCAUAAAAUUGUGAAUUGGUGGAACUGAGGAUUCUGAGCAUUUGGUUGUUAUGAGAGGUCUUGGGGAAACUUGCCAAGUUUGAGGCUAGAACAUCACUGGAAUAAGUUCAAAGAAAAACAGUGUGUAGCUCUUCAUUUGCAUACAUAAACACAAUGUGACUCUUCAGAGUUUGGGUACGUGAACACAAUAUAUGGCUUUUUGGGGGUACGUGUGAUAAGAAUUGGAAUGUGUGUACUCUGCUCCAAUAAAAUCUGUUGUGAAAGAGUA